AUGUCUGCUCAGGAGGCUGUUAAAGCAGGAUGUCAUAGGCGAAUUGGGGAUGGGAAUAGUACUAAAGUUUGCGAAGUCUCCUGGUUACCAUGUACUGAUAAUGGCUAUAUCACUACCACUGUGGUUCCGGAGCUACAGGACAUUACAAUGAGUAGUCUACUUGAUAGUGACUCUGCAGGGGGUACUGGAGCGGAGAGAUGGAUGAAGCCGCCUGAAUUCGGGACUAAGAUCAACGUGGAUGCUGCACUAUGGCCUGAUGGAUGUGUUGGGAUUGGUGAUGUGAUUCGAAACUCUGCGGGUCAGUUUGUCCGAGCUAGAUGUGGGCAAGUUGUGGGAGCGUGGCAGGUGAGGAAAGCUGAGGCCUUGAGUUUGAAAACGGCUUUAUCUUGGGAGAAGGAGCUAUCUCUUGACCAUUGUAUAUUCGAAUCAGACUCAAAAUCCCUUGUUGAUGCGUGCAAAAGAGAUCAUGGAGUUAGUUACUUUCAUACCAUUGUGUCAGAUUGUGUUGAGUUAUGUAAGCACUUUGAUUAUGUGCAAAUUGUGUUUGUUCGUAGGUCCGCGAAUAGUGUGGCGCAUGUUUUAGCUACACAUUCUAUGCCUGGCCUGAGGGAUUGGGAUGAUAUCACUCCUGAGUUUAUUGAUCAUGUACUCGUUUCUGAUAUUGUUUAA